AUGUUGACAUUUUUUAUUUUCACCACGUUUUUACUGAUAUUGGCAACAUGGAUUCUGAAACACUUUUAUUCGAGAAAAAAAUUAUACGUUAUUGCAAAUAAAAUGCAUGGACCCAUGGCAUACCCUUUCAUUGGAAAUGCAGGCCUUUUUAUAUGCAGAGAUGAAGAAAUUCUAUCUAAAAUUUACAAUGUUAUCGAAAAGUUUGAAUCGCCCAUGAGAUUUUGGGUGGGACCUGAACUUGCUCUAAUCACCACCAAACUAAAUCAUAUACAGAGGAUUUUAUCGUCACCAAAAUUCUACCAUAAACAUGAUCUGUACAGAUUCGUUAAAUCCUAUCUAGGAAAUGGCUUAGUUUCUGGAUCAGGGCCGACUUACAAAAAACACAGAAGAAUAAUACAGCCCCUGUUUAACUUGAAAUAUUGCACUAAUCAAAUCGAAAUCAUGCAAAAAUAUACAGACGUUUGCAUGAAAAACCUGGAAAGUUAUGUUGAUAAGGGCACUUUUGAUAUUCAUCUAAUCAGUCACAAAUGCUUUGUGGACAUCAUUGGUGAAACUAUUUUGGGAACAAAAAUGAAUAUUCAGAAAAAUGGUUACACAAAAUUUUGUAAAUCAGCGAUAGAUAUGUACGCCAAUGGUUUCACUAGAUUAACUCGUCCUUGGCUACAUCCAGAUUUUAUCUACAAAUUUACAAACAAUUACAAAAGAGAGAAGGAAAUUAUAAAGGAUAUAAAGGAUUUUUUAAACACGGUCAUCGCAUCAUCAUGGCAGAGGCGAUCCUUGAACAACGCAAAUAUAUCAGAUGUCAGUCCUAUAAUAGAUCAAAUAGGGGAGUAUAUAAACCAAAAUCCCAACUCAAUUAGCAAUACCGACUUUAUCAGCCACAUGAUAACACUGUUCGCAGCUGCUGAAGAUACUAUGACCAUAAUAACAUCUUUUGUUUGUCUAUGUUUGGGAAUGUAUCCAGAAUAUCAGAAUAAAGCAGUUGAAGAAGUUAGACAAAUUUUUGGAACAACACCUAGAACAGUGACGUACGAAGACAUACAAAAACUGGAAUAUUUGGAUAUGUGUAUUAAGGAUGUGGAAAGGCUGUGCCCUAUAGCUCCCUACAUUUUAAGGCAGUGUCUUGAGGAUGAGGAAAUUAAUGAAUCUCUAAAAAUACCAAAAGGAGCUUGUGUUGUGGUUCCCAUUUUUAAUAUCCAUCGGAAUCCAGAAUUGUGGAAGAAUCCUUUACAUUUUUAUCCCGACCAUUUUUUACCGGAAGCUGUCUCAAAAAGGCAUGUUUACGGUUUUGUUCCCUUCAGUGCAGGCCCUAGAGGUUGCAUAGGAAAAAUAUUCGCCAACGUAUGUUUAAAAACGUUUCUUGCAAACUUCUUGCAAAGGUUUGAAGUUGAGGCAGAUGGAAAAUUUCCGGAUGUCAAAUUAAAAAUGGACAUAUCCACAAGACCAAUUGAUGGAUAUAAAAUUAGACUUAAAAAACGAGUUUGGAAGUAA